AUGGACACCUCAAGCUCAACUCAGGGAGGCAGUGGAAAUCUUUCCCUCUCGACACCCGAGUUGGCUGCGAAUGAGGAUGGAGAACCGGAUGAUGAUGAAGAUGAUGACGACGAUGAUACGGAUAAUGAUGACAGAAACGAGAAGAAAGAGGGCAGUUUGACGGAUCUAUUGGUCGACUUGGAUGGUGGAACGAAUUCGAGAAGUCAUCGGAAUCGAAGAUUCACUCGAACAACUUUUGAGUGCCGCAGCAACGGAGUUGAUGGAGUGCCAACGAAUAAAAAGGCGGUGAGGAAAUCGAGUGGAUCGCUGAAAGCGAAAAUUGGAACCUACGCCGACGUGCUGAGAUCGGUGAUGUAUCAGAUGAUGGAUACCUCAUCUGGUGACAUUGACGAGAUGGACGAGGAAAUUUUUGAAGAUGAAACGGACGCGAAUGAAGACGAAUUGAUCGAAGACCAUGAUCUAGGACUCACAGCCGGCAUUCUACCAAGAGGAUUGAUCGGAAAAAUUGGAAAUGAUGGAGGGAUCCGAUUGAAUUGGCGGCAAAUGUCCCAAUUGUUGAUGAAUGAACCACAUCGUUUACAAGAGGGAACAAGCAAAGGUCGACUGACGCAGUCGAAUCUCCGACAAUGGGACGACGAAUUUGUGCUCAAAUGUCAAUUCCAGGCACUGAUCCCGGCUUUUGACCCGAGACCCGGUCGUUCAAAUGUCAAUCAGACACAAGAUGUCGAACUGCCCGCGAAUCUCACCGAGUUCCCAGCUACUCCUAAUCCACUUGUCAUGAACAACGACAUCAAACUCCGACUCUUCCUGCGUGGACCGAAUCUUCCCGGAAUCGAGAACAAAACGAUCGAGUUGUGUAAAGAUGAGCAAUCGCUUUUCAAAUGCAUUCAAACACUCACCAACAACAUCGAAUGGCAACAGAAAGGAGACAAAAACCGGCGAAUUUUUGACCCGACUUACACGAUUCUUUACGAGGAUGCAUCGACUGCACCCAGUGUCGACACGUCGAAUAUCCCGACUGAAGAGAGCAAAGUGCCCGAGGUUGUCAAUCAGACAUUGGAUGUGCUCAAUCUGCUCGCGAAAAUCGCAACAACUCUCCCCGAGUCCGAGCUUCCGUCGAACAUCUUUGUAUCGGAGAAGCUCACACAAAAGCUCAUUCAAGAGUUGUCCGAUCCUUUGGUUGUCUCAUCUCGUUCGAUGCCUGAAUGGUGUGAGCGCUUGAUUUACGCAUAUCCGUGUCUUUUCACGAUGGAUACAAGGAACAUGUACAUGCAAGCAACGGCUUUCGGCGUAUCUCGGUCGAUCGUUUGGCUUCAAUCGAGAAGAGACGCGGCGUUGGAGAAAACGAGAGGCGCCUCGAGCAAUGCAACCGUUGGAUCAGCAACAGUUCGACGAGAAGAUGCGUAUGAAUAUCGAGUGGGACGGUUGAAACACGAGAGAAUGAAGGUGACUCGAUCGGAAGACGCCCUUUUGGAGCAAGCGAUCCGUGUCUUCCGCUUCCACUCGUUCAACAAAGCCGUCUUGGAGAUUGAAUAUAAUGGGGAAGAAGGAACUGGCCUGGGUCCAACUCUUGAAUUCUAUGCCCUCGUAUCAGCCGAAAUGCAAAGGAAAGCACUGGCCAUUUGGUGGUGCGAUGAUCUAGAUGAAACACAGUUGAAGCUAGAGGAAAAGGAACUCGAUUUGGGCGAGGGAAAGAAACCGCCGGGGUACUAUGUGCGUCGAGCGGGCGGACUCUUCCCUGCCCCUCUUCCACCGAACACCGAACAACGGCGACGAGCCAGCGAACUCUUCCACGUGCUUGGGAUCUUCCUUGCUAAGGUUCUACAAGAUGGCCGCCUCGUCGACAUCCCCCUCUCCCAGCCGUUCCUCAAGCUGGCCAUUCAUCCAAAAGUCAAUAAUCACACCUCAUUGAACGAUCUUGAUGGAGUGCUGAAUUUGGAUGAUUUCGAAGAAGUUCAUCCAGUUAAAGGUCGUUUCUUGAAAGAACUAUCCUCGUUGGCAGCUCGGAAGAGAACGAUUGAAUGCGAUGAAAAUAUGGACAAUAUUGCAAAAAGGAGACGAAUCGAUGAGCUAACAUUGAACUUCAACGGAACACGAUGCAAGAUCGAAGAUUUGGCUCUAAACUUCACCGUCAAUCCCCCGUCAACCGUUUUCCAAUAUAAAGAAAUGGAGUUAUUGGAGGGCGGAUCAGAUAUGGAUGUAACGAUGGACAAUGUCGAGCUCUAUGUCGAGAAAUGCACCGACUAUUAUUUGAACUCGGGAAUCAUUGAACAGGUUCGUGCAUUCCGUGAGGGUUUCGACAAGGUUUUCCCGUUGCAUUCACUUCGAUCAUUCACUUCUCAAGAAGUACAAUGUUUGAUCUCGGGAGAGCAAUGCCCUGAAUGGACAAGAGAGGAUCUUAUCAAUUACACUGAGCCAAAACUCGGCUACACUAGGGAGUCACCGGGUUUCCUCAGAUUCGUCGAUGUGAUGGUUGAGCUGACGGCACCGGAAAGGAAAAGUUUCCUCCAAUUCGCGACUGGAUGCAGCAGUCUGCCGCCAGGUGGCUUGGCCAACCUUCAUCCCCGCUUGACGAUCGUUCGAAAAGUUGAGAGUGGUGAUGGAAGUUAUCCCUCGGUUAACACGUGUGUUCAUUAUCUGAAACUUCCCGAGUACUCGAGCUCCGAGAUUUUAAGAGAACGUCUCCUCACAGCGAUCAACGAAAAGGGUUUCCAUCUGAAC